ACAAUUGACCGCCACCCGUGAGCAAGUCGUUUGCUCGAUCUCGCUGUGUCGAUCGAGUCCGGUUGUGGAAGCCAUUUUAUUUUAGUGAAUGUGACGAAAAAUAUUUCUUGGCUUCUUCGUUUUUAUCCUUGAUGUGUCAAUGUGUGCCUGCAACCAGUGUGCUUUGUGACGAGUGAUCGUGUGAUAAAAAUUAAGGAUGUACGUGUUUCAAAUCGGUCUGUGUUGACCUGCCCCGUUUCUUACACGGCCGCAGGCAUCGAUUAUUGUAACAAGGCGGCCUCUAAUAACGGCGAGUCGAAGCUAGCUUUGAACUUGUGUCAGAAUUGAGCCAUGGGCAACAAUGCUGCCACCGCGAACAAGAAAGUGGACGCUGCGGAAAGCGUCAAGGAGUUCCUUGACCAGGCCAAAGAGGACUUCGAGGAGAAAUGGAAAAAGAAUCCUACCAACACCGCCGGAUUGAACGAUUUUGAGCGAAUAAAAACGCUCGGUACGGGCUCGUUCGGUCGAGUAAUGAUAGUUCAACAUAAACCGACGAAAGAAUAUUACGCUAUGAAAAUAUUAGAUAAACAAAAAGUAGUAAAAUUGAAACAAGUGGAGCACACACUUAACGAAAAACGCAUUCUUCAGGCUAUCAACUUUCCGUUUUUGGUGAGCCUCAAAUUUCACUUCAAGGACAACUCGAAUCUAUACAUGGUGCUGGAGUAUGUUCCCGGAGGCGAAAUGUUCUCCCACCUGCGCAAGGUGGGUCGCUUUUCAGAACCUCAUUCGCGAUUUUACGCCGCGCAAAUAGUACUGGCUUUUGAAUACCUUCACUACCUCGAUCUCAUAUAUCGGGAUCUUAAGCCGGAGAACCUGCUGAUCGACUCACAAGGUUACCUCAAAGUGACUGAUUUUGGCUUCGCAAAGCGUGUCAAAGGGCGUACGUGGACUCUUUGCGGCACGCCUGAGUACCUCGCUCCAGAAAUCAUCUUGUCUAAAGGUUAUAACAAGGCUGUGGAUUGGUGGGCUCUGGGAGUCCUGGUUUAUGAAAUGGCAGCCGGCUACCCACCCUUCUUCGCUGACCAACCCAUCCAGAUAUAUGAGAAAAUUGUUUCUGGUAAGGUGCGUUUUCCCUCACAUUUUGGCUCAGAUCUGAAAGACCUUCUCCGCAAUUUGCUGCAGGUAGAUUUGACAAAACGCUAUGGUAAUCUUAAAGCGGGUGUCAAUGAUAUAAAAGGUCAUAAAUGGUUUGCAAGCACCGAUUGGAUUGCUGUCUUCCAGAAAAAAAUUGAGGCACCAUUUAUCCCACGUUGCAAGGGACCUGGUGAUACAAGUAACUUUGAUGAUUAUGAGGAAGAGGCUCUGCGUAUCUCGUCAACUGAAAAGUGUGCACGGGAAUUCGCCGAGUUCUGAGCGCAUAGUUGGUGCCUGCAAACGGACACUACCGUGAGUAGGUGUUUUGUAUUAGUGAAUAUUCCAUGAUUGUGUCAUGGAAUUGUGACAAGUGCAUCUGUGUGCCGGUGAUCCUUGGUGAUCAUAGACGCUGCAUUGAGCCGGCAUACUGGAUGAAGUUCAGAGUGUAAGCAGAUGAUUGUAGAACUGGUUUCCGAUUUUUCGGUGGCGUUUAUUUGCUUAGUGCCCUUUUAAAUUGACGUAUUUAGUGCAGUUGAAAAAAGUUAAAUGUGUCUCCUGUAUUGGUGAUAAGAAGGCCCAAGAAAAGUCACUUCUGAUGUCUUAGGUGAAAACAUGAGCACCAUUCAAAGUCCAGAGUUUAUUUCUAGUACAUGAUAGUUCACAAGCUAUGGAUUGUGCUGUGUUAUUUGUUAUUAAUGAAUUGUUUUACAAGGUAUAUAUUUAUAUUCUCAAAUCAUGUAUAAUGUUAAUCAGAUUUUCUUCUUGCUUUUAAUAUUAAAUUUCUCAACAACUUUUUAUCUCAUACAUCACUUAACCAUCAAUUUAGAACUAAUUUUGAUCACUAAUUUUAGAUAUCAAAUGAAUUUCCUUAAUAUAAUCUUGGUGGAAUGUUAUGGUUUUUAUUGAUUGACAUUUUCAUAAUUGGUUUUAUUUAAAGAUAUACUUAAUUGUUGUAUCAGUUGAUAUUUAUAUACCUAAGUGUUUAACUACAUCAAAAAUAUAUUGAAGAGAUUAAUUUAUUGUAUUUGUAUACAUGUAGUUGUGUUAAUUUGUGCAAUUUGACCUAUGUGUUUGUGAUCUGAUGUGAGGAUUUAUUUGGACUUAAGUGUAAUAUGUAUUAGUUCCUUAUUAUGUAGGUUUUAAUGUUAAAAUUGGUGAAACUGAACUUUUUAAAGUAUCUGCUGCCAGCCUUGUAAAUUGAUGUCAUUAGACUUGAAACUUAUUGCUAGCAUCAGUUUAUUAAAAGCAAUAAAUUUUUAAGACAAAAACUUCAACAUAUUCCCACUAUAAUGAAAUCAAUAUUCAUUUGUGGUGUGUACAUAAUGUAUACAUUUGAACAUUAAACCAGCACAAAACAAAUCAUGAGAGAAUUUUUAUACUCGAGGCAAUUUUCAUUAUAAUAGGAAUAUGUGAAAAAAUACCUAGUAGUAAAUCUAAAUAUGCCAUUAUGGCGAUAUCUUGUCAUUGAGACUGAUGUUAUCAAUAAGCUUAAUGUUAUAAGCAGUUCUAAAAUGAAUAUAGAUCAGGUUUAUGCAGUCACUUUCAGUCUCAUUUGUGGAAUGAUUCAAACAUAAAUAAUUAACUGGCAAUGUUAAUCAUAAAGUUUGUUAGCUAUUAGGAGUAGGACUUUGAAUCCAGGCUGUACAGAUUAAAUAUCUAGUUAUUUGUAGUGCAUUUUACAUUGUGGUAACAUUGUGAGAAUAAGUGGUGAUAGUUGAAUUGUUCUUGGAGGUUUUUUUUCCACUCAUUUUCUGAUGCUACUCAUAUUACUUUCAAAGUGAUAAUCAUUACUUUAGUUGAUAAUGGAUGAAAUUUACUGUUACAAAGUAAUAGAACCUGAAAAUCAGCAAUCUUUAUGGGAAGCAUAUCUUUACCUUAGAUCAUUUUUUGUGCUUAGGACAUAUGUAUAAAAGGCAUACUGCUUCAUAUGAACUGCCAAAAUGUCUUUUUUUGCAUACUGACUGACAUUUCAAUAUGUUUUAAGUUUAAAGAGGAAAAUGCCACUUAAAUAUAUGCACCAUAAUUGUUCAUAGGUCAAGUUAUGAUCAAUUUUAAAACAAUCAUAUCACAUGUGUCUGUCAUAAACAAUGUAUUAUUAAAAUCUUUAUCAAAGUUCACUUUUUACCUGAUCAAAUAGAAAUUAUGAAUGUCUAAUUAAUAUUAAAAAAUAAAAUCAGUUACAUAUGGAUAAAACGUUUUUGUAUUUCAGAUUUCAAUGAAAUGUUUUGUUUACAUUUUUCUUGACAUUCUUUAAUUUCCUAAUCAUCACAAGGUUUGUCAUAAGUCUCUGUAUAUCCAAAUCUGUAAUUUCAAAUUAUUAAUAUUUCUUAAACAUUCAUUAAAAUAAUUUAUUGAGAUGUUUUUUAUUUUAUUUAGUUGGUCAGGUUUUAUUUUCUUUACUAAAGAAUUGAGUAUUAAUUCUAUAUUUACAUUUAAGUUUAUAUUUAUACAAUCAAGUCACGAGUUAUUGUCACUAUUUAUUAUUUGCUCCACAGAGCACUUAAUGUUAGACAAUGUCUGAUUUGGUGGAAUGUCAUAUCAAAAUAUUCCUUUGUGCUGUAGAUUUAUUUAAAACAUUGAUUUUCAUAUGUUAUAUUUUUUUAAAUGGUGCCAUAGUCUUGGGAAUGGUCCUAUUUUGUAAAUAUUAAAAAGUUGUUUAUAUACCUAGUUAAGUUGUCUUCUUUUUAAAUUUAUUGCGUCAUCAGACCUUGUGCAUUUGGCACACCAGUGUUGAUUGCUUGUCGCAUUUAAGUCUCACAUACAUCAGGCAACAAAGAUGCUCAAUAUAAUUAGUAUGACAUACCAGUAUGAACACCAAGAAACGGUGAUAAUUUGCUGUCUUGACUUGACUUGACUAAUACUUUUUGAGUGAAAUGGCACAUCAUACCUGUCAAUCACGUUAAUGUUGAGCUAUAUUGUUUAAUGUAUUUUAGCCUUCAAUACAGUAUUAUUCAUGAGCAUGAUUUUAUUGAGACUAAAAUCAGAAAUGAGUUUAAAAAAGUAGCUAGUCACUCCUUCCUUGUUGAUUUUAAAAUGCGACGACUUAGUUUAUCAUACAGCUUGGUGUCUAUUACACACUUUAUUAGUCUUAAGAUUAUUGUUAGAUUAGGUAGUAAAAAAUAUUCUUUUACGUAAGUAAUUGGUGAUGAUUAUCAAUUGGUGCAUAGUUUUGUGAUUGUAACAUUUUCUUUAUAGUUAUCGUGGAGUAUCGAAUUAAAUUUUUCUCAGCUCACUUUCGAGGCAUUGUUCUCUUUGCUGACGUUUUUCAAUGAGAAAAGCAAUCUAUUUUCCAUUGUUUACUUCGAUGAUAAGCGAAACUACUUUGAUUUGCUAUAGAAUGACAUUCACCAGUUGGACAUUGUACACAUGUAAAACCUAUAAAACAAUUAAGGAAUUUUCGUUAUACCUUACGUUACUAUUGUCUAAAUUUGAUAGCAUAAAACUAAAUCGCCGCGAUAUUGUGUUUAGUUUUCAUGCUUAGUUGAACUGUGCAGUAGACUUGAUGCUAAAUCAUUUUAUAGAAAAUUUCUUUCCGAAAACUUACGCGUAUUAUAAAUCGAGUGUAGUUAGGGCGGGUUGCUAGUUGUAUAUAAAACUCUAGAGUGAUUGUGUCCCCGGUAUUUAGGAGAUUUGAUAUCAGCUUCGGUAUCGCAGACCUUCAUUCCAGUAGCUUCACAACUUGCUCAGAAACCCAAUGUGGACGCUCUAAUGUGAACAUUUUAAAGCCAUUUUGGAUAUUAUAAACAUUAGUGUGACAGUAUGUGUAUUUGCGAAAAGUCGUCUUUUUGUAUUUGUGCGUAUUAAUAUUAAAAUGUUCACGUCUAGAUCUAUUAUAUCGAGUGCCUAUAGCAUUGAAAGUUCAAGUGUAAUAAGUCAGUUAAUUUCAGUAAUUAUUUGUCACCAUGUAUUGAUCUUCCAUAAAAUUACGAUGAAAUUAAAAUAUCGAUGUAACAGUAUAAAA